CGCUAUGUUUGAGAUUUUGGCCCUACACGGGGCCAGGGCGCCCAUGCGCGGUAUUAUAUGGAGCCAGCUUGUCCCUGCAUUGCUUUCAUGGCACCUGGCUACGCAUUUCGUUUUGCAUUCUGCUUUGCAUCUGACUUCUUUUGGAUUUUCAUGAAAGUUUUAUUUUGCUCCAUAGAGUCCGCGUUGCAAGUUGAUCCAGCGAAACAUUAGGCAACUAAAGAGCCACUUUGUGAAUAUUCUUCUUUCUUCCUACCUAGUGUUGGACUUUUGGGAGCCCGAUUUCAUACCACGCAUCUUUAGGCGUACAUAGACACGACUCGCUGCAAGAAUGGUGUUCAGUCCGGCCUUGGAAAUGUUUCCACUUCCUCGAAGCAGGAGGAAUGAAUCAACUGCUAAGCCGGCUCGGGUUCAUCGGGCCCAGCCUGAAAUACCUCUAUCGACAUUUCAAGAUAGAACCAAGCCGUCAGUGGCUGCGCAGAGUCUUGUCAUUCAAGUCACAGAUGCUCCGGAUGGGCCCAUCGUCACUCUUCCUCCAUCGGCUCAUAUCGUUGACCAACGUGUCCGAGGUGGUACACCUGUGUCGAGCAGGCCAGGCUCGCCAGAAAAUAUAAACAACAAUGCAGAAGCACUUGGGACAGAGUCAGUACAGCUUCACACAGAAAGGUCAUCGUCUCCGAGCCAAUCACCCCCGAUGCGAUCAAUGUUUCCGACAUACAACUCGAACCUGCCGUUGUCGCAACAACGAUAUGCUCCUUCGCAGAUGGACCCUGCUCGCAUUCCAAGGCAGCAGACAAGUCGAGCGGAUUAUCGUUCCAGCCUCUACUCGCAGUCAAACACAAUUACCUCUCACACUUUUACUCCUCACACGGCAGCAGCUGUUUCUUCAUCUGACUCUCAGGAGCCAAUGCCAGAACCGACUCUAUCAAGCCAGGAGGAUCUCCUAUCCUUGUGGGCUGCAGCAAAUGGACAAGGCGUAGAGGACGACGGCUCUUCAUUCACACUCAAGUUCAAAAGGGAUGUCAAGCCUAAAAAGCCUUCGCUUGGUUCACCUCCUUCGAACCCCAAUGAGUCCUUGGUCUUCGAAUCUGCCGAAGGACGUGCAUUCUACGACCUGCAAACAUUCUCCAACCCCAGCUCCUCCUGUCCCGAUGGUGAGUCUGGCUCCAACUUGUUCUCCGAAGUGACUAUUCGCCGGCGCCACCCGCAUCGUAACAUCACUGUUCCCAUCUGCAUGCUGAACCUGGAGCACCCAUCCCGGCGCCUCCCACCCAACGACGGCCUUGUCACACUCAUAUACCCCAAACUCGCCGCCAUGAUGGCUCUCGACUCCAUCGACGGGCGCGCCUCGGCCGUGUCGUCACCGAACCCUACUUCCCUUUCGUCAAACAACUCGCACCGAAUUGCCAGUCUGGCACUCAGCAAGAAUGCCGAAAAGGAAUGCUGCCGUCUCUACUGGGACGCCGACACAAACUGCUACAUGCUCGUCCAUCCUACCCUGAAUGGCGGCCUACCCGUUGCGUUUCCCAUUGACACUAUCAACGGCGACGCUGGCUUCAACGUGGCUGGCACCGGCACCAUCAGGCUCCUCUCUCCUGACCGACAGCUCACGCUGUCCAGUCUCGACUUUGGCAACCACACGCUUACCGUCGAUACCGUCGCGCUUGCCAAUAUCCCGUCUCUCUACAUUGUCGAUGUCGUCGUCACUGCAAUCUUCGCCGUCGCGCUCGUCGAAGGCCGCCGUCUCUGCCCUUCCCCUCUUCCUCUUCCGGCGACUAGCAUUGAUUCUCAAUCCCCGUCUCAUCCUUAUCCUUAUCCUCCUUCUCCUCCGUUCUCUUCUCUUCGUGACUUUACCGCCCCAAUACCAUCACCCAUGAUGGUUGAGGAACCCGAGACAAAGUCCAGCCCGUUUGCUUCUGCGUCUGCGCACCUCACACACUUCUGGUCCAAAGUCAAACAUACCGCAUCAAAGGCCAAACCCAGGUCCAAGUCGAAAUCCAAGCAGCCCGAACCAAUGGUCCUCCCUGGCCCUGGCCCCGUUCCUAAGAAUGAUCCUUUUGCAGAGGCCAAAUCAGAACUAGCAGGUCUCCCAUGGCCUAUCCGUGUCAUUGUCAGAAUCGUCAUUUGGGGAUUUAAACUCGCAUUCUUGUUGAUCAGAGUCGCGUUUAAUUUGCUUUAUGCUAUCGUUAUGACUCUGUCUGCAUGUGUGGAUAAGGAUUCGGACACUGCACACGGUCGUUGACAUUCUUUUGUUUUAUUUCAUUCCAUCUUUUUAUUUCUUUUAUUUCUUUUUUUUCUCUUAUCUCUCUUAUCCCUCUUAUCCCUCGUAUUCCUUUUGUUUCAUUUUUUCCUCUUAUUUCAUUUAUUCCGUUUGUAUUUGAACUGCUUUCAUCUUUUCAAUUUGGGCGGGCUACGUCGAGGCUGCCUGGGAGUUACUUUUCCUUUUUUCCCCCCUUGAUUUUUUGCUCUUCCUUUUCCUUUUCCUCCCCCCUCUCUUCUUCGUUUCUUGUUUUCUGUUUUUUUCCCCACUUCUUUCUUCUCUUCUUCUACUCCUCCUCCUCCCCUUCCUACCAACAUGUCUCGUGUGACGUGUGACGUGUCUCGACAUGCCGCAGUGCCGCACGUUCAUACGAGUGAUAGUUUUUGGUAGGAGCCCGCAGUUCUCUCUCUCUCUCUCU